AUGAACAUCUGGCUGCGCCGUGCGCUGGAACGGCAGGCAGAGUCCGCGAUUGCGGAGGCUAUGCGUGAUGGCAAGCCGAUUCCAGAGGCAGCAGUGGCGACCGUAGCCAGUAUAGCACUGGGAGCCGCGGCUGCCACACCAACGCAGGCGGCCGCCGUCGAGCCAAAGAACAAUGACGCCUCCACUUCCGCAAAGACGCUUGCCGCACCGCCCGUCGCUCCCAAAACGAGCUUCGCGGAGCUUAUGCGGCAACACCGUGAAGGGCUCGUGCCGCCGAGCGCGCAGCCGCCCGUGAAGGUCACGACGGUGGUCAAAAGACCGAAGGGGACGAAAUCGCCCACCCCCGUAGGGACGCCAGCGGCGGAGGAAGCGUUGCCUGCGCCGGCCCCAAACAAGAAGUGCGCAGCGAGAAGUGCCGGCCAGGCGCGCACAGCGCCUGAGGCUGCGCCGGCAACUUUAUCACCGUCAGAGGUCGAGAAGACAGCAAGGGAGGAGGGCGAGCCGACACAGACCACCCCCACGACGGAGGCGGACUCCAGUGCAACGGCUUCCGCGGCUGUGGCAGUGCAUCAGGCAGCGGUCCGCAAGCGCAGCAAGGCAACCAACAGCGUACCCGCGAAGCGCGCACAUGACACAAGUGCCGCCACAUCCGCAGCGGCGACACCGACACACGUAACGACGGUCAAAGGAAAGGCCUCGCUGGAGGAACUCCGCGCCCGGCGCAACCGCACCACCGCCGGCGGCAGCGCGAACCAUCAUAACACGCCCCACCCUGGGGAAGGAGGCGCUGGCGUGGCGAGCAGCAGCGGCGCCGGCAAAGCUGGAGGAGGACAUUCACAGCAGGACGAGUACAACGACAGCGCCCUUGACGCCGUCAGCCGGCUUCUUCUUCGCUACUGCGUAGGCGACCGCACUACGGUGACGGUGCCAUCGACAGUAGCAGCGACGAAUGGCGUGGACGUGUCGUCAUCGUCGACAGAGCCGGUGGCUGCCCCAAGCGCGGAAUCGCCGCCAGCGUCUACGCAGACGACGACGGAGCUAGAGUUCCUCAAUGAGCUGAUGGAGUUCUGCGAGAACGACAGUGUCACGCCGGCGUCGCUGGAGCUGCUGCGUGAACUCUUCCAGCACGUUCGCGUGUUGCCCCGUCCCGCCAGUGCCUCGAAUGCGGGCAAAAACUGUGCGAACGCAGACGCCGGCGCACCUGCUGUGCAGGAUGGCAUGGCGACGAUGGUGGAGUUGGACGCCGAGGCCUACCGCGAAGCCGCUCGCCGGCGCGAGUACGUUCAGCAAGUCAUCAUGGUGCUGCUGAACCGCCUCAAGCACAUGAAGACACAGGAGCAGCGGCAGAGGCAGAAGUGUUGUGGCGACUCCGCGGUAGAAACAUCAACGUCCGCGGUAGCGGCAUCGCCACAGCCUGCCACUGCCUACGGUGCGCCGUUCAUCAAGGUCGGCGGCGUAUCACUCGCGCCUCCGCCGAUGUCCUCUCUAUCACAGCAGCAGCAGCAGUCAGGAAUAAUGUACCCACAAGGGCAAAGGACGGCGUCUGCUGCGCCGUGGCCGAGCAUGGCUGAGAUGGCCAGCGCGUACCCAGACGAGGCGGCCGCUGCUGCCUUCACGUCGGAUAUGAUGGCCUACGGCUACCCGAACCCGUACGCCCACCUCACUGUCUUCUCGCAACAUCAGCCGGUGGCCCCACCGGUGGGCUGGCCGUCUCCGUUCCACUCACCCACAGCCGGGGCCCGCCGCGGCCGUUAUGGCCACCACGGCAGCAAGAGCCUUAACAGCAACAGUGAUGUUGCCGCACGCCUUGUGGCGUCGCCGUUCCCCGGGGCCUUCCCAAUCAUCCCCCCGCCAGCCACCACGGACACCUCCGCCGACGCAGAGGACCAUGAGAUGCAGGAACUGUUCCGCAUGAUACGGACGCAGCUCACCCAGCCUGUGAACACACAGUCGUCUAGCGUGACUGCCAUCAGCUCGCAAGUGGAGUCAAGCGUAAGCUUGUCGGGCACAGCGCCCGUUGAAGUGUCUCAGGAGGAGAGGGCAGUGCUGCGUCACGUUCAGAUGGACUUCAAGAAGCACAUGGAGGAGCACCAGCAGCAGCAGCUAGCGGCAGCCGAGGGUUCCCCAGUGCCGCAACCGCCGCCGCCGACCGCACCGACGCCACCGACGGCAAGCCUGACCGCCCCACCAGGAACUGAUGCCACACCACCGCGGCGCAUGCACGCCACGCCUGGGGCCACUGCUGACACCUCAGACUCUGCUGCAGGCACAGCAACGGUAGCUGCAGCGGCAACGCAAGUUGAAAGUAGCAAGAGCCAACGCGAUCAAACUCUCAUGGCGAAUCAGGCCAAUUGCCUAGAGGAAAAAGGAGAGGCUGCAGGAGAGUCUCCCUCGGCGCGCAGCACCACCGCCCCCGCGCAGCAGCAGGAGGAGGAGGGAGGUAUCCUGACCGGUAAAACGGCCCCAGCCAAGCCACGCGGAACCACCCUAAGUCUCAACGCCAAGCCCUUUGUGCCAGGCGGCGCUCGUGGAGGCAGCAGCAGCACCGCCUCCGCCAUUAUCAAACUCACCGCUACCACUGGCUCGACGCCUACGAAGACGACCUUCAACUACCACGCAAAGCCGUUUCUGCCCUCCGGCAACGCUAGCUCACUUAUGCCAGCCCCCCCUCAGAAGCCCGCGAAGAUGAACGUAGCAGCACCGGCGUUCGUUUCCAAGCAGCAGCAGCAGCAGCAACAACAAGCCAUCGCCUUUCCCUCUGUCACCUUCUCUCCCCCCACGAGUGCGCCGCCGCUCAACGCCCCCACGACCAGCACGCCGGCCAUGCCGUCACCACUGCCGAAAUGCGUGGCCGAUCCCUGGGCCUCUUACGAGAUGUUUGCCCGUUGGCGGGACAUGAUGGAGGCCUACUACCAGAACGUGUUCGCCAUGCAGAACGCGGCUGCCACGACGACUGGACCCUCAUCAUCAUCGGCUACAGCCGGUGGUGCUGAGGACCACUCCCAUCAGCUAUGA